AUGUUUGAGGACAAAGUUACCGACGAGUUUGUGGAGGAAGCUUUGGCAUCAUUAGGUGCAGGCGGCGACGUCGCCAUGGCAGAUGCUAGCGCUGACGUGGAGAUGACGCCGGUAGACGACCGGAAGAUUGGGGACCCGAACCCACCCGAGAUCAAGGAGAUGAUCAACCAAGACUUGCUGAAGCAGGUCAUGGAGAUGGGAUUCACCGAGGUUCGAUCCGAGAAGGCCCUGUUCAAGACCGACAAUGCCAGCCUUGAGCACGCAGUAAACUGGCUAGCAGAGCACGCCGAGGACGCCGACAUCGACCUUCCACUUCCGAAGCCCGCGGCUCCCAAGCCCAAAAUGAGUAAAGAAGAGGCCGAAGCCAAAGCCCUGGAGCUACAGAAGCGGCUCCGCGAGAAGAGGGCAGAAGAAGAAAGAAAGUCCGAGAAAGAGAAGGAGCAGCAGCGGAAGGAAAGCACGAAGAUGAUGGUCGAAGCCCAGGAGAAAGCCAAGGAGGAGGACCGCAGAAGGGCGAUAGAACAGCAGAUGCGUGAGAAGGAGGAGCACGAAAAGCACCGGCAGGAGCUGAAAGAGAGGCUGAGACAGGACUACAUCGAUCGAUUUGGAUGCGAACCCCCGGAAGAGAAGGAAGAAGAGACCGUGAAAGAGAAAAGCAGCAAGGAUCAGCUCGCCUUCCAUUUGAACAAGCUGAAGAAGAGCUACAAGGACACGGACAAGGAGGGCUUGAAGACGUGCCUCAACACGCUGAAGAUAUAUAUCAAGAACCUGCACGAGAAUCCUCUGGAAGCCAAAUUCAAGAAGCUGAAGCUGGACAACAAGGCGUUCCAGAGCCGGAUAGUUCCUUUCGAUGGAGCCCUUGACGCGCUGGACAUCCUCGGUUUCGAGAAGAAGGAGGACUGUCUGGAGCAGCGCAAGUCGACACCGGAUGGCUUCCUUUGUGGCCAAGCUCUGAAAUUUAUUGACCUGAUCCUGGGCCAGAUUUGA